CUAUACACACACGCAAACAAAUAAUGCGCCAUGCUGUCCACACGGAACUUUUACGGCGUUGCACUUGCACACGGCUUCAUUUUCCGGGCAGUUCAGCUUCACUCAAGCUGAAAAUGAGUUUAUUUUUGCCUAAAUUGACCUGCAAAAAAGACAUAGAUGAUGUUAUUAAGGAGGUGGCAGAAAAGGUGCUUGUUUUGAGGUUUGGGAGGGAUGAAGACUCCGUUUGUCUCCAGCUAGAUGAGAUUCUGUCAAAAACCGCCCAUGACCUGAGCAACAUGGCGUCCAUCUACAUCGUGGAUGUGGAUAAAGCUCCUGUUUACACAAGUUACUUUGAUAUUAGUUACAUACCGUCCACCGUUUUCUUUUUCAAUGGACAGCACAUGAAAGUGGACUAUGGCUCGCCAGAUCACACCAAGUUUGUUGGCAGCUUCAAAACCAAGCAGGACUUCAUGGAUCUGAUUGAGGUCAUAUACAGAGGAGCCAUGCGGGGGAAAAUGAUUGUCCAGAGUCCCAUAGACCCUCAAAAUGUUCCCAAAUAUGACCUGCUGUACCAUGGCAUUUAGCAUCGCCAAAUGCAAACAUGAAAACGUCUAAAGUCGUGUUGUCUUUCCCGGAAAGUUGCGGAAAAAGUCACAAUGUUUUGAGGCGUUUUAUUUUUUAUUUUUUUCCACUAAGAUUGAACCCUGGUUUGAUUUAAUUUGUUAUCAAUGUUGUUAGUGUUAACCUCAGAAAAACACAAAACUGCGACAAAAAUUGGACAACAAAUACUGUAUUGAUGUUUUACUCGUUUCCACCGCACAGAUCUAAAAGUAGACACAAGGUGGCAGUAACAGCACAUACUCAGAGCUCAUUGUCAAAUUACCAUGCUGUUUAAAAAGGAACAUUAUCACCAGACCUAUGUAAGUGUCAAUAUAUACCUUGAUGUUGCAGAAAAAAGACCAUAUAUUUUUUUAACCCAUUUCCGAACUCUAAAUGGGUGAAUUUUGGCGAAUUAAACGCCUUUCUAUUAUUCGCUCUCGGAGCGAUGACGUCACAACUUG